UAAUAAUUACACCCAACAUUAAAAACCGAAAAACAAAAAACGUUUCAGUACUAGUAGUACACCAGUCUUCUUUUUUUUUUUUUUGGGAAAACAUACUCCACUAGUCUUCUACUGCCAGCACAAUUAAUUCUGUUCACUCUCUCCCUUUUUUCCCUCACAUCUUUUGUGUCCCCGUGAUAUGCCCUGUACAAAACCCUCUCUCUGUCCCUCUCCUCUACCCUCACCCCUCUCUCUCUAAAGCUCCCCCUCUCUCCUCCAUGGCCCGUCGCCGGCCCGUCCACAAAUAACCCACCACCAACCCAAUGGUCUGAUUUCCCUUUCCUCCUCAAAACCAACAAAAAAAAAUUCAAUGGCAGUAUUUCUAAGAAAUGGGCUUAAUUGGGUUUUGAUCAUGGCAGCAAUGGUGAUGGUCGUUCUGAGUCGCCGAGUCGCCUCGGAGCCGACCCAGGACAAGCAGGCCCUCCUCGCCUUCAUCUCCCAGGUCCCCCACGCCAGCCGCCUCCGGUGGAACCCAAACGCCUCUGCCUGCACCUGGGUCGGCGUCGAGUGUGACGCCGACAACGCCUCCGUCUACUCCCUCCGCCUCCCCGGCGUCGGCCUCGUCGGCCCGAUCCCGCCCAACACCCUCGGCCAACUCACCCAGCUCCGUGUCCUCUCCCUCCGGUCCAACCGCCUCUCCGGCUCCCUGCCCUCCGAUUUCUCCAACCUCACCCUCCUCCGCUCCCUCUACUUGCAGAACAACAAACUCUCCGGCUCCUUCCCUUCCGGCAUCCCCUCGCUGCCGCGCCUGACUCGCUUAGAUCUGUCCACCAACAACCUCACCGGUCCGAUUCCGUUCUCCCUCAACAACCUGACCAGAUUAACCGGGCUCUUUCUGGAGAAGAACGGGUUCAGUGGGUCCCUCCCGAGCCUGAGCCAAUCGAGUUUGGUCAAUUUUAAUGUCUCCGACAACAACCUCAACGGUUCGAUCCCGUCGUCCUUAUCGAAGUUCCCUCCGUCGGCAUUCGCCGGGAACUUGAAUCUAUGCGGCGGGCCCCUCCAGCCCUGCUUCCCGUUCUUUCCCUCCCCUUCCCCGUCCCCGUCCGAUUUGCCGCUAACCCCGCCCGUGAAGAAGUCCAAGAAGAAGCUCUCCACCGCCGCCAUUGUCGCCAUCGCGGUCGGAUCGGCAGUGUUUCUGAUUCUGCUUCUUCUACUCCUCUUCUGCUGCUGCCGCCGGAGGCAGCGGCUGCAGAGGAAGUCCCAGAAGCCCCAGCCGCCCGGCGUACGGUCGGCCGGGGCCAUCGCGGGAGGGGACCCGGGGACGUCGUCCUCGAAAGACGACGUGACCGGGUCGAUGGAAGGGGCGGGUGGGGAGAGGAACAAGCUGGUGUUUUUCGACGGCGGGGUUUACAGCUUCGAUCUGGAGGACCUGCUGAGGGCGUCGGCGGAGGUGCUGGGGAAAGGGAGCGUGGGGACGUCGUACAAGGCGGUGUUGGAGGAAGGGACGACGGUGGUGGUGAAGCGGCUGAAGGACGUGGUGGUGAGCAAACGGGAGUUUGAAGUUGUCAUGGAAGGGCUGGGGAGGGUCAAGCACGAGAAUGUGGUGCCGCUCAGGGCUUAUUAUUUCUCCAAAGAUGAGAAAUUGCUUGUUUAUGAUUUCAUGCCUGCUGGUAGCCUCUCUGCUCUUCUUCAUGGCAGCAGAGGGUCGGGUCGGACCCCACUAGACUGGGACAACCGGAUGAAAAUCGCCCUCAGCACAGCCCGAGGCCUCUCCCACCUCCACGUGUCCGGCAAAAUAAUCCACGGCAACAUCAAGGCCUCCAACGUCCUCCUCCGCCACGACCACGACGGCUGCGUCUCCGACUUCGGCCUCACCCCUCUCUUCGGCGCCGCCACGCCGCCUAACCGCGUCGCCGGCUACCGCGCGCCAGAAGUCCUCGAGACCCGAAAGGCCACGUACAAGUCCGACGUGUACAGCUUCGGCGUCCUCCUACUAGAGCUCCUCACCGGAAAAUCGCCCAACCAGGCCUCUCUGGGCGAGGAAGGGAUCGAUUUGCCGCGGUGGGUCCAGUCGGUGGUGCGGGAGGAAUGGACGGCUGAGGUCUUCGACGUCGAGUUGAUGAGGUACCACAACAUCGAGGAGGAGAUGGUUCAGCUCCUUCAGAUCGCGAUGGCUUGCGUGUCGACCGUGCCGGAUCAGAGGCCGGACAUGCCGGAGGUGGUGCGUAUGAUGGAGGAGAUUAAUCGGGGAGAGACGACAGAUGACGGGCUGCGACAGUCGUCGGAUGAGCCGUCGAAGGGAUCGGACGGCCAUACGCCGCCGCAGGAGUCGAGGACCCCGCCCCGUUCCGUUACGCCUUAGGAGAGCUUUGUGUGGGCCGUUUCUAAAUUGCGCACUUUGCGUACGUAAGUGGGUUAUUUUUUGUCCUUUUUUUAUUUUUAUUUUAGUCUGAUUUUAAAACAAUUGUGUUAUAAUUUUUAGGUUUUUUUUUUUAAUUUUAAUUUUAUAGGUGGGUUGUUGGGAUGGAAUUGUUUUUUAUUUGGGAGGGUGGGAGUUCCAUGAGCUUAUUGGAAUUGAGUGUUUGGUGGAUUUAGCUGGGGGGUUUUCCCAUCUUAUUUUAUUUAAUCAUUUUUAAAUGAAUAUAGUUCGAAAUUACAAA